CCAGUGAGUCAGAGGGAGAGGAGGAGCAUGGGAAGAAAUUUAAGAUCAAGAUCAAGCCGUUGACAGCAAACAGUGGAAACUGCACAGUGUCUACUAUGGAUGAGCUGAAGGCCUCAGUGGGGAUGCUGGCUAUCUCUCCUUCUCCUCUGGUUAGUCUCGCAAGGCGAAGUCCAUGCCCGAUGAAGCGAAAUCUAUCAAAUGAGGAGAUUGCCAGACCACGACGAUCUACUCCAACACCCACGACUACUCCAGGACCUGGUUCAGACCCGCCCAGGGAAAACACAAGAGCGUUCUUCGGCCCACCAUUUGAGACCAGUUUUGAAGCACACGACUCAGAAGUGUUCCUGGUUGAGCCGGAGCUCAGGUGUCAGUCCACUUCUCUCUCCACCUGUGUUCUCAGCAGAUCUCUGCCCACUGGAGCUCCGCCUCCACUUCCUCCAAAGAACAUUCCUGUCACCCCACCUGGACGCAGUUUUAGCUCUGUAGAGUCCUCCGGUUAUUAUAGUGUGGUUCCUAGCAUCAGAGGAGAUGGAUCAGCUUCAGUCUGUCAGGAUACCCCAUUAUCUGACCCAUCCGGAGGGGCAUCUAUGCCUGACUUGGACAAUGUUUUUGGGCCUGUUGAGACCCCCAGGUCUGGAUCAGAUUUGGUGCAGUGGAGCUGGGUGAGCUUCAGCGAAGGCUCUCCCGCCCGACCUCCUCCCCCAGAUGAACCCGCCCCUUCUCCACCUCUGUCCUCUUCCUCCGCGGACUCACCCCCGUCCUCGCCCCUCAACCUGCCCCCUCCCCCACUCCACUCCAACCCGCCUCCAGAUUCACCUCCACCACCGCCUCCCUCAGACUCUCCUCUAAGUCCUCCAGACCUCCCCCACUGCUUUCAGCUCCCAGAGUCCGAGCUUGCCCAAGAGUCCCCCACCAGCCCUGGACUGCCCUUCCUGCCAGCAGACCACCCACCACAUGGAGCCAUACCUUCCCCCCUUGCCUUAAGAGACGACAGCAGGAGAACCCCUGACCUGGUGGGCAUGAGGGAUGAGAUUUCAGUGUUUGGCACAUCACCCAAAGACCUUGCAGCAGGAAGCUUCAGAGGAACCCCACCUCCACUGCCACCGCCUACUUACAGGAGUGUGGUGGGCUCCCCAGGGCCCGGCAGUGGGCCGUCCUCUCCUGCACGUGCCGGCACUCCCAUGUCUGCUGGCAGUCCAGUCCCACCUCUACCACCAAGACCAUCAUCACGACCUAAACUACCACCUGGAAGACCAAACCUAGCAGAUCUGGCCCGACCCUUCAGCCCCCCCAUCCACUCGUGGAGCCCUCCACCCUUUGCUCCUCUGGCCAGAGCUGAGAGCACCUCCUCCAUCUCCUCCAUCACCUCUCUGAGCGCAGCCUCUACACCUACACUAGGCCGUGAGCUCAACCUCUCUGUGUCAGUGUGUUCCAGAGGUCCAAGUCCUCUCACAAUGGGACCCCAGGACACUCUACCAGUUGCAGCUGCCUUCACAGAGACCAUCAGUGCUUACUUUAAAGGAGCAGAUCCCACUAAGUGUUUGGUGAAGAUCGCUGGUGAGAUGGUGCUGUCUUUCCCAGCAGGGAUCACCAGACAUUUCUCCACCCAUUCCAGUCCACCGGUGCUAACCUUCACCAUCAGCCAGUACAGUCGACUGGAGCAGGUCCUUCCCAAUCCACAGCUUCUGUGCUGCGACACCACACCACCUAUAGAUGAUUCAAAGGAGUUCUGGGUCAGUAUGUCAAACUUGUUGAGUCACCUGAAGAAAGUGGCUGAGCAGAGGCCACAGGCCACGUAUUACAACGUAGACAUGCUGAAGUACCAGGUGUCCACUCAAGGCAUCCAGUCCACUCCGCUGAAUCUCGCGGUGAGCUGGCGUGGUGAUGCCAGCAGCACAGAUCUCAGGAUAGACUAUAAAUACAACACAGAGGCCAUGCCCACACCCACACCUCUCACCAAUAUCCUCUUCAUGGCAGCUGUGGACGGCGGCGUGAACAAACUGCAGGCUAUGCUCCCACCUGCCACCUGGAACCCAGAGACGCAGAAAAUAACGUGGAAGAUUCCAGAGCUCUCACAGAAGUCUGAAAAUGGAGGGGUAGGCGCUCUUCUGGCUCGCUUCCAGUUAGCCGAGGGUCCCAGCAGACCUUCUCAGCUGGCAGUGCAGUUCACCAGUGAGGGCAGCACUCUGUCUGGCUGUGAUUUUCAACUCGUAGGUUCAGGCUACAGACUCUCCCUGGUUAAAAAAAGGUUUUCUGCAGGUAAAUAUCUGGCAGACAACUGACCCAGCCACAGUGAUGUAGGAUGGACUGUGAAUGGGAUGUUAGAAUGCUCUUUUGGCACUACAAAGACUUUUGAAAAUGUUUUUAUUGAAAUACAGCACUCAAAAUCUCACCUAUAAUGUCUGGUGUAGAAUAUCAUGUGUUCUGUGGGUGUGUGUAUGUGAAUAUUAGUAAAUAUUUUGUGUGUAUAUGAUAAAACUUCAGGACAAAUGCAAUACAUGGACUUCUUUCGCUGGGUUCUUGCAGAAGGCAAAGUUUCCUUUUUUAUUAUUGCACAUUCUCUCUCUGCCCCAAACCAAACACACCUAGUGGCAUUACAAUUAAAUGAUACCAGGGUUCACAUAUGGAAUAAACCUGUCAGCAGUGUUUGAUUUUCUUUUAAUUAUGUUGACAGAUAAUAAACAAUACGAUUUAACUAACAUGAUUGUUAAUGUUGAUUUGAUGUUAUUGGUGAAUGCAUGUUAGAGUGCAUCACUUCUGUCUAGUUGGCCCAUAGCCCUUUGUUAAAUUAAGUGCUUAAACAUGGAUGUAAUUGAUAUUGAUAAUUCAUGCAAAAAGUGAUACCUAUCUUUUUAUUUUUUAAAUCAUUUAUUUAUGUAGACAUUUUAGGGAAAUAAAACUACAUUUUUGUUUUUGUCAGGGAUACAGAUUUCCUUAAAUCAAAAUAAAAUUAAGGAAUUGGUCAAAUAUUGGUGAAAUAUAAACAGUUCCCUUUCAGUCACGUUCAACAUUACUUCAGAAAGAGACUGACGAAUGGGGUCUAGCCGGAGAGCCCAAUCACCUUCGAGUGGUAACAAAAGGAGCCAAUGUUACACAGUGUACCUUGGUCUGCUGGAUUUGCAUCGCGAGCUCCACUGUGAUGGUAUGUAAAGAGCAGCGCAAGCAACUAGCAUUCAAGCUUUUUCUUCGGGGCCGAGCACAUCUCCUGCUGGUUUCACCAGAGUGCUUACAAAGCGAGUCAGCUGGUGUCGGUGUAAUGUCAUGAUUCAGUGGUUUGUCAAGAGCUUCCUGCCUUCAGCUCUGCCACUGAAAGAGCUUCUAAAAGAGUUUUGGGUUGUGUUUGCGUCUUUUUAAAGAUGUUAUUACUAGGGAUGUCCAGAUGCGAUCACGUGAUCGGAAAUUUCAAGUCAUCUCCAGCAGGUGAUAAAUAAAGUUUAUGAACAAUGCAGUGCUGAUUGACAUAGAAUUUAUUACAGUAUAGAAACUAUUCUGCCUUAUUAUGUGAUAAACAGUAUUUGUAGUAUAUAAACAAAUCAUUAUUAUUUGUUAUCGCCCAGCAGUUAUAGAUUUCUAAACAAAUUAAAAUGGAUUUGUUUUCACUCUAUUCUUUAUUAUUUUUUUAUGUAUUAUAGAAGUAUCGGAUCGGGACUCGGUAUCGGUAGAUACUCAAAAUCAAAUGACUCGGACUCGAGGGCAAAAAACCUGAUCGGGACAUCCCUAGCUAUUAUACCCAUGCUGGGUGUGGUCAACAUAUGGCUCCUCGUGACGGCCACGAUCGCUGUGUCACAUAUCUGGGCUGCUCUCCGGGCAACAAAGGUUACUGCGCGCUCCAUGGGUCAGGUGAUGUCCACUAUGGUGGUCCAGGAGCGCCACCUAUGGCUAAACCUGGCAGACAUGAGGGAGUCUGAUCGGACUCAGCUCCUCAACUCCCCGGUCUCUCAGGCUGGCCUCUUUGGCGACACGGUGGAGAAUUUUGCCCAGCAGUUCUCUGCCGCCCAGAAGCAGUGUGAGACCAUCAAGCAUAUUCUGCCUCAGUGGCCCACUGCUGCCUCCACACUGCCGUCGGCGCAGCCAACUCAGCCUGCUCAUCGCCGAGGGCGCCCCCUAUGGUCUCCUUCACUCCCGCCCGGCCACAACAGCAGCCUUCACCCCUGCCAUAGUGAGGAGAUGGACGCAGAAGGGCAGCACAGCCCGUCUCUGCCCCCAAACCUGCCAAUCGUCAGGCCAAGCGGCAUUCCUGAAAUGGGUGACCCGGAGUUGGGGAUUUCAGCUCAUCAGGAGAUGGUAGCAGGACCACUCCUUCCCCCGGAGGAGGGUCGUUGAAGAAUCCUGAUUUGGGAACAUUUCGGAGAUGCUCAGGUAGACCUGUUUGAAAAUCCCCACUGCCAGUUCUUUUACUCUCUGACCGAGGGCACUCUUGGCACAGACGCUCUGGCG